GUCAUGAGCCUCCGUCCCCUACAUUAGGUAUACUAGGUAUAGUGCAGAUUCAUCCAUUUCUGGAUGCUUCCUCCGGGCUUCGUAUUCCAGGUCCAGGCCUGUCGAUCAGCGCCAAUACCCACCCCCCAUGUACUUUUUUCAUGUCAUUAUGAUCGCAAUUUCAUCCCAUUUAGGUCUUCUAUCUUGUUCUAUUAUCAGGCCUUCAACAACUAUCCAUAAUACAUCACUGGGUCUGACUGACACUUUCGGCCCGCAGCUUUUCUUUUUUUUUUUUGCUCAGUCACACGCUCCUUUCAACCUCCUUCCCCAUAUUAUUGUUGUAAUCCUUAUUUUGACAUACUCGGGCCCUUCUCCCGCAGGUGGCGCUGUAUGUGUGAGUGUGUGUGUUUGCUGGCGCUCAGCCUCAGUGUUCGAAAGCAGGCUCUGGGUCGCAUUCUGUACAUUCAUCCGCGGAACAGCAGGUCAAAUGCCUCUCUCUGCUUUGCUUUGUGGCGAGAUGGGGGAGAGGUCUAGCCUUAUCCUCGCUGUUCUACUUGCCUUUUUCUUUUCCCCCUUGUUGAUUUUGUAGGCGCCACCGUGUGCAUGUGCGCGCGCCUUAUCUCAAUGCAGCUCUUUCUUUUGCCCUGUGGUUGGUAUUUCGUAUACGUGGUUUUGCUGGUACGCGGAUGGCCACUGUAUUGAUGCGCAUUUCAGGGUAGGUGGGCAUUGUUAGCCCUCGGAUGGAUAGGGGGCGGGUUUCACAGGUGGUGGAACAAUGACACGAGGGUCCUCACGUGCUUCGUUCAUUUUCUUCCUCGG